AUGUAUUGGUUUUUUGCAGAGCUUCCAGGGUUUAAUGCGCAGGUCAACCUCUCAGCAGCGGAGAUCAAGAGAUUGGCUGACCGGAUUAUUGCUAAGUCGAAGGAAACAUAUGAUGCCGUGGCCGCAGUUCCCCUAGAUAAGGUCAACUUCGCUAAUGCAAUUGCACCGUUGGCAGAAUUGGAUGCUCAGCAGUUUCCUCUGGUUCAAGCUUGUGUGCUCCCAAGGAUGGUGUCACCAUCCGAAGAUAUAUGCAGGGCCAGUGCUGACGCAGAGAAGCGAUUGGAUUCCCACUUUCUGCUGUGCAGUAGCAAUGGUGGCUGGUUGGGGCUGUCGUGCCUCCCGUGUAAGAAUCCUGUUAUUUCCUGCAAGGUGACCAGGCAGCGUGAGGAUGUGUACCGUGUUGUAAAGGCUUUCAUGGAGAGAGGUGAAAGAAUAGGUCCGGAAGCAACAAGAUUUGUCCAGUGUCUGGUAAGAGAGUUUGAACGCAACGGAGCAAAACUAACUCAAGCCAAGAAGGAAGAAAUGGAGAAGUUGAAAUCUCUAAUCGAUGACUUAAAUUUGAAGUAUAUUCAAAACAUGAGUGAUUUCACCAAAUUUCUUCUAUUAAGCGAGGAAGAGUUGGCUGGAAUGCCUCCUGAGUUCUUAAAGGAUCUGGAAGAAACAGACGGAAAGCGCAAGGUUCUGUUGACAGGUUACUAUGUCACUCCAAUUCUUGAGCAUUGCAAGGUUGGCUCUACCAGGAAGCAGAUCGCUGUUGCUUAUGGCCAGAAAGGUGGAAAACAGAACGUAGCCAUCCUAGAAAAAUUGGUUCAGAUAAGACACAGGCUUGCGAGAUUGCUUGGGUACUCCAACUAUUCUGAUUUUGCUAUUGAACCAAGAAUGCCAAUGACAUCGAGGAAGGUGUUAGAAUUUUUGGAGGAAAUGUCAGAACAGUUAAGUGAUCUAGCUAAUAGAGAACUGACCGUACUCAAAGAACUUAAGAUGAAGGAGGAAGGAAAUGCUCAAUUUGGCAUGGAAGAUUUAUUAUACUACAUGAAAAGAGGCGAACAGCACAAGGUUGAUCUUGACAUUGGUGAAAUUAAACGAUAUUUCCCUGUUAAGCUGGUCAUAUCAGGAAUGCUGAAGAUGUUCCAGGAUCUAUUUGCGCUACGAUUUGAAGAAAUUAAGGAUGUGGAGGUUUGGCAUGAUACAGUUCGUCUCUUCUCUGUUUGGGAUGCAAGUUCAAGUGAUCUUUUGGGUUACUUUUUCCUUGAUAUGUUUUCCAGAUUGAAAGCCCAUGAAAGAAAUAAUGAACUGAUAACGCAGCAUAAGACACACAAGUCAAAAGCACAUGCACUUCCACAUGAACUUGUGGAAGGAAAAUAUGACCACACCUGUGUUGUGGCACUUCAGAAUGGAUACAUGUGUUCUAAUGGUUCACGUAAGGUUCCGGUUGCAGUCUUAUUAUCUCAAUGCCCGAAAGAGUUUGAUGGGAAUUCAGCAUUGCUACGGUUCCCUGAAGUUGUGAGGAUAUUUCAUGAAUUCAGUCACGUGGUUCAUCAUAUAUCGAACAGGGCCACCUUUUCUAGAUUUUCAAGUCUCCGUCUGGAGGGGGACUUUGCUGAAAUUCCAAGCCUGUUACUCGAGAACUGGUGUUACGAGAGCAUUUCCCUGAAAAUGAUGUCCGGCUUCUAUCAGGACAUCACAAAGUCUGUCACUACUGAAGCUUGCCAGUCACUGAAAAGAAGGCGUGACAUGUUUGCUGGCCUGAAAUUGAAGCAAGAGAUCCUUUUGUGCCUUGUUGAUCAGAUAAUACAUACAAGCGAGAAUGUGGACAUCGAUGACUUGGUCAAAGAUCUUCAUCCCAAGGUACAUUCUAAACGAUUUCCAUUCACUUUUAUGUCACUUAUGACCAUGAGGGUGAAAUGCUCCUUUUUAAAGGUAUUUGCUGCUGAUCUAUUCACAACGAAAUUUAAAGAUGACUUGCUAAAUCAGCAUGCAGGGUUGAGGUUUAGAAAUAAGGUAUUGGCUCCAGGAGGCUCGAAAGAUCCUCUUGAGAUCAUAACUGACUACUUAGGAAGAGAACCGUCGCUGCAGCCUUUCAUUCAGAGCAGAACAAGGAACGCUUUGUGA